CUAAACUACCUUAAAUAAGUGACAAGUAAACCCUAAUUUUGAAUUGAUUAUUCUUUGGUAUUUCAAGGAAUAUAUUCAACUAAUUAUAUUUUUAAUAUUGGUCGGUGUUUAAAAAUGUUAAAAAGAAAAGAAGCAGAGUUAAAGAAUAAGGCUCGAAAAUCUUUUGAAAGAGAAUGGCUUUCACACCUCGUAAAUACUGAUAUACCAUUUCAACCAGAAAAACAAAAGACAAAAAUUGGAAAUAUCUUUAAUUAUCGUGAAGAUAUUGGCGAGGUUGUGUGCACCAUUUGUGCUAAAGCAAAAAUUGGUGGUGAAUUCGCUAAUGGAAAAAAAUGGGAAGAAUGGAAGUUAGAUUAUCUAAAAAGACAUUUAAAUCAGAAAAUUCAUUUAGAUGCUGUUACCACAUUAAAUAAUCAAAACAAAUUUGGAAUAGAAUGUAUUUUAAGUGAAACUGUUGAAGAUCGAAAAACAAAAAAAGGAGUUUAAUCAGAGACUAAAGUCUAAUCCUGAAAUGAUAAAAGUGCUAAUUGAUAAUGUGCUAUUGGCAAUUAAAAUGGAUGCUUCUAUGAAUUCUGUUCAAGAAAUUCAUGACCGUGUAGCAAAAUAUGUAAAAAUUCCAGUAUCUUGGCUCGGCAAAAAUUAUGCAUUUGAAUUCGUUGAGUGCAUAAGUUUUGUGCUUAAAAAUGAGAUUAUGGACACAUUGAGAAAAGCUACUUUUCAUACAUUAAUAGUUGAUGAAAGUUCAGACAUUUCUGUUCAAAAAAUGUUAAUAUUAUACUUUAAAUUUAGAUCAGAAAAUGAAACAUUUUAUAAAAUAGUGUUUGGAGGUAUUCUAAAAUUAAGAUCAUGUGACAGUGUGGCUAUAGCUGAAGAAAUAAAAAAAUUUUAUGUUAAGAAUAAUAUUGAUAUGCAAAAAAUGGUGAUGUUUACGUCAGAUGGGGCAAGUGUUAUGCUUGGGAAAAAAAAAUGGUGCAGCUGCAAUUCUUCAAUGGGAUCUAAAACAUUUAACUGAGCAGCAUUGUGUGGCACAUAGAGAAGAUCUAGGAAUAGGUGAUGCAUGUUGAAAGGUCUCAAUAAUGCAGGACAUUGAAAAAUUGCUUCGAACUGUAUAUACAAUGUUCAGUCGAUCACCUGUAAAAAAACAGAAAUUAGAAGAACUUGCUCAUAUUUCUGAACAUGAUGUUGUGUCCUUUAAGCCACUGAAUGAGGUGCGUUGGUUAUCAAGGCAAUUUGCUGUGAAUGCUUUGAUGAGGAAUUACGAUGUUUUAAUUGAAUAUUGUGAAGAACAAGUAAAUAAAUUUAAUGAUCCUAUUUGCAAUUACUGCAUAACAAUUUUGACAAAUCCACAAUAUCGAGUGGCAUUAACAGUUUUUAAUGAUGUUUUAGAUGAUCUAGCAUCUCUUUACAAAUUCUUACAAAAAAGUUGUUUAACUACGAUUGAAGCAUUUGACUAUGUUAAGGCAAAAAUUAAUCAAUUAAAAUCACUGUAUCUUGAUAACAAAAUUUAUUGGAGUGAAAAAGUAAAAAAAGUUGGAUAUGAUGUGGAUACUGCAUCUAUUAUUCGAUUUGUUAAACGUGUAUGUAAUCAUUUAAAUAACAGAUUUCCAGAUGAUGAGUUAAGGGAGUGGCAAGCAUUUAACCUUAAUGCCAUUUUAAAUGCAUUGAAUUUUGAAUUUGGAAAUGAGAAUAUCAAGAGAUUGAUUAGAGAAUAUUCAAUAAUUUUAAAUGUCAAUAAUAAUGAAAGCACUGCCUCAAAAAUAUUAGAACAGUAUUGUAAUUUUAAAUUCAUUAUAUCCCAAAAAUUGGAAAAUUGUUCAAUUAAGACAUUCACUGAUAUGUUAAAUUAUGUACGUAAUGAUGAUGAGUUUAAAGAACUAGCAGUUAUUAUUGAUAUCAUUGGAACAUUUCAAGCAUCUAGUGUUGACUGCGAACGUGGAUUUAGUGUUAUGAAUUCAAUUAAGUGUAAAAUUAGAAAUAGACUUGAAUCUGAGCAUUUAUGUGAUUUAAUGAGAAUUUGAAUGCAUCUUUCCUCUGGAGAGGAAAUGAAUCUUCAAUCAGUCUACAAAUACUGGAUUUCAAAAAAAGAUAGACAUGAAAAUAUUAAUCAAAAUUGAUAUAUUUUUUUGUGAUUAGUAUGUGACUAAAUACUUUACAUUAAUAAAAGUUUUUUAUAAUGAAAUAAAUUUUAAUCUUUACUUCAUAAUUAAUUACUUUAGUUUUUAAAAGAAAAAAAAAUAAGAUUGUCUAUGUAUCUGCUCAGCAGAAAUUUUUUGCUCAGAGAAGUAUAUGUUCCGCUCAGCUACAAAAAAAAUUAGAGGGAACAUUGGCUGCAUGAUGUUUCAAUAUCUUGCAUAAUCGAAUUUUGAUCACGCUCAUAAUGGUUUUUAAUUUCAAGUUAAAUGUUUUUGUUCUAUUUAUGCUAGAAUAUUGUGUUCUAUUUUUAAAUUUCAUUUGUCUGAAGAUGAUGAACAUAAGUUUGUCAAAAGUGCUAGCAAAAAUAAAAAAAAUGUUAACACCAUACUCAGUGUAUAUAUUUACUUUCUUUUUAUGUGAUAUUUGGCAUGAGGUUCAAGUUGUAUUGUGAAACAACUUUUUCUUUCAGGAAUCUUUUUAGUGACUUCAUCAAUUCCAUGUUUUACAACAUUAGCUACAGCACAUUGACAAUAGCCAAUUGCAAUAGCCAAUCGCAGUAGCAAUUUCCCUCUGAGUUGCUCAAUUGUGAUGAAAUCUUCAAAUUAGUUUAGUUUCAGGUUCUUUGAGUUGGCAUCUAUGUGGCAUGUUUCUUGUUUUCUCAAUGAUUAUUACAAAUAAUAUACUGUACAGUAUCUCUUUGUAUGCUAUAUGUGAAUGUUUGAUAUAACUUCAUUUGCAUACUUUCUCCCAUGAUUGUGCAUAAAAUUUAUACUAAACCUGUAAUUUUGUCUCUAUAAAAUUUUGAUUUUUUCAAUACAGGAAGUCCUUGUUAGUUUGAAAUUUAAGGGAUGAAAUAAUUGCGACUUCAAAUUAUCAAGAUUUACAUAUUUCUGUAUAAUAUGUCAAAUGCCAUGUAAUUGAUGUAAUUUAUUAAGCAAACAGAAUACA